UCCGCUGUGUCGAGCGGGGUUUUGUAGCGUUAAUUUACACUUCUGCGACAACAACAAAAAGAAAAACACUUGCAACGUGAAUCCAGUGUUGUUCCUGUCUUUAUUAAUGAUGGAUGUGACUGAAGCUCCAGUUUCCUGUUGAUGUGUUUCUCUUUGUGAGCUGUGAUGUUGCCUCCCUCACAGAAACUGGCUCAGGCUGAGUUUGCGGUAUGACAGGAAUGAAGAGAGAUGUGCAACAAGUGUUCAUAGCUAUUUUCAAAGUCAGCAUCUCGUUACCUUACUGUCAAGAUUUCUCCUACAGAUUUUCAAAUGAAAAUGGAGGAUAUGCCCCUGUCAGGCCCAGACAACACCAGGCUGGAGGCCAUGGUCCAUGACAUCUAUUCUGAACUGGUGGAAGAUGCCUGUUUGGGCCUGUGUUUUGAGGUGCAUCGUGCUGUGAAACAGGGCUAUUUCUUCUUGGAUGAAACAGACCAAGAGAGCAUGAAGGAGUUUGAAAUUGUGGACCAACCAGGAGUUGACAUAUUCGGGCAGGUGUACAAUCAGUGGAAGAACAAAGAGUGCGAAUGCCCCAACUGCAAAAGACUGAUAGCGGCUUCUCGCUUCGCACCGCACUUGGAGAAAUGUCUCGGCAUGGGACGCAACAGCAGUCGCAUUGCCAACCGCAGGCUAGCCAGCAAUAAUAACAUGAGCAAAUCAGAGAGCGAUCAGGAGGACAAUGAUGACCUCAACGAUAACGACUGGUCAUAUGGAGCAGAGAAAAAAUCCAAGAAGAGAAAGUCAGAUAAGAAUCAAAAUUCACCAAGAAGAUCCAAAUCUCUUAAACAUAAAAAUGGUGAGCUUGGGGGCAGCGUCAGUUCGGAGCCUUAUAAGUACAACUACAACACUGGCAUCAGCUAUGAAACAUUAGGCCCUGAUGAAGUCAGAUCCCUUUUGACAACGCAAUGUGGGGUGAUCUCAGAGCACACCAAGAAGAUGUGUACCAGGUCUCAGCGGUGUCCCCAGCACACGGACGAACAGAGGAGGGCCGUCAGGGUGUUCCUCCUGGGGCCGUCCGCGCCGUCACUGCCUGACGCAGACGCUGUGGUGGAGAGCGACAGCUUUGACAUUCCAGAUGGGCAGACCCUGAUGAGCCGCCUGCAGUGGGAAGACUCCCCAGAUAUUUCCCCCACUGACUCUGCCUCAUCGAAAGCCAGCACCAACCACUCAGAUUCUAGGAAGCCCAAGAAAAAGAAGAGGACCUCUCUCGGUUUGAACAGCGCAGGAGGAGGUGGUGGUGUAGGAGGAAGUGGAUGUCUGACCGGAGGCGGUGUCGGCGUCGGCGGCAGCAGCAGCAGCAGCUCUCAGAGUAAUAUCAGCUUAUCGACCAAAAAAAAGAGGCCCAAACUCUCAGCACCUUCUAUUUCGAGUAUCUACGACGAUUUAAACUAGCGCAAUCCCUCUUUUUUUGUCUGACCAGCUCUUGCCUCUUCUUCAUCCACUCCCUCCGUUCACACAUGCAUCUAUUUGCAGGUCUGAACAGGUUUGGGAUUAAACUUGAUUUAGUAGUCUUUCAGCCUUUAACGAGUAAGGCAUCUCUAUUUUAAUGAUUCUUUUUCUGGAUUAAGAACAGUGUUGUAAACAAUUGUGGCCAGUCACAGAGUCCAAUCAAUAUCUGCAGACAUAUUGACCCGAAACCAUAAUAUUAUAUCCUUCAAUUCUGGUAAUUUUGGACAUUUAGGUCAACGCGACUUGAUGCAUUUAGACAGUAUUUUUCGUAGUCUGUUGAGUAAGUGACUGGCUGCAGGCUCCAAUUGUAAAUCAGAAAGUGUGUCCUCAUCCAAAUUAAAUCACUAUGGCUAAGCAUAUGUAGACACCUACGAAAAUACGCCCAUUCAUUUUGCAACCUUGCUGCACUGUGGUCGACCACUGAUGUUGGGCAAUAAAAUCUUUGAUGGGGUUGAAGCCAGUCGAGAUCUUUAAACCUGAGAAACUGUUUCUUUAUGGAUAUGGCUGUACGCAUGGAGCAUUGACAUAUUGAACCAGGAAAUAACCUUGCCCCAAAGUUUCCAUUUAACUAUCAUCGUAUGUUGCAGCAUUUAGAUUUACAUGGGGUGUCCACAUAUAUUUGGCUAUAUAGUGUAAGCAGCUCGAAGAUUCAGCUCCAUACAACAUUAUCACUGCAGUCUAUCUCCCUGAUGCACUUUUUUCUGAAUGCCUAAUUAAAAGUAAUCUCUACUGUGUUUUUGGUGGGAAAAAAUAACUAUAGAAGGCUUAAGACACCAUAAUUAGAGGUCUUAAUUUGUCCACUUUUAUUUGAAAGUGUAAGGCACGGAGAAUAAAUCACUUUCAAACAGUAUUUUAAAAAAAAAGAAAAAAAAAAGUCUUAAACUCUCAAAUGUGGCUUUGUGAAACCUUGAGGUGUUUGGAACCUCGUGACCUGUCCCUCCUUUUUUAGACUCGGUGAUCACUCUUCAGCUCGGCGUGAGGAGACGGCCGCUUUCAAUUUAACACUUGACACACGUAUACUGGAGUACUCAUCAGUGGCUCUUUAAUUCUUGCAUUGUAUUGCACUGUGUGUGUGUGUGUGUGUGUGUGUGUGUGUGUAUCUUAAGUAUGCUGACUUGCAUUGAGUGUCAGUUUUUUCGUGUUGUGAGUGUGUGCGUGUGUGUGUGUGUGGUUAGAGGGCCUGCUUGUGUGUGUGUGUGUGUGUGUAAUCAUUUAUAUUUUCACAAAUCUAUGCAUCCUAGAAUGUGACAUUUUUGUGAAAGUAAGCGUGCCAUUUUAAAUAUUCAACUUUUUUUUUGUUUACAUCGACAAUAUAUUUAAGUUUAUAUUUUUCACUGCCUGUGAAGUGAUGUGUAUAUUAUUUGUGUGUGUGUGUGUGUGUGUGUUUGUAAAUGCAGAUUUUUGAUAUUUGCUGAGCCAGUGGGCUUUUAUGGGGGCACAUGUACAGUACAUGUAUGUAUGUGUGUGUGUGUGUGUGUGUGUGUGUGUAGGUAUGUAUGUAUGACGUGUGAGAUAGAAAAUUAAUCAUGAAUCCAACGCAGCUUUCUUUUCUCUUUAGUACCAAACACGUCUGGUGUGUAUUUUCACUCAGUUUCUGCUUAUAGAUCACAUUAACAAGCAGAUCAGUGCUGCAGUUCCUGCUUGUCAUUCAUGAACAUGAGUGAUGAGUCUGCAUCUUGUAAGCCUAUAACCAACAAUGUCUAAUGUAAAAGUUGUAAGAUAGAGUAUUUUACAUGCUUUAGAUCAGAUGCACUAUUUCACUCGAUCUUGUACUUGCCACUUUUCACAGUUGAUGUCUUAGAAAAGCUUUUUUUUUUCUUUCUUUGUCAGUUUCUUUCUGAUAAAUUGGCUUUUUAAACCAAAAGAUUGAUUGUUGCUGUUAUUAUUGUAGAGUCAUAACUGCAUAGUAAACUACAAGGGUGUUGUUUAUUUUUAUUCUAUUUAUGUACAUCAGGACAUUGAUGUAAAACAAGGGUCUGUAUAAAAUAUUUUUAGGGGGGGGUGGGUGCUCUUAACUUUUUGGGGGAGAAAGAAAUCUUUUUACUUUUUCUCAUCCUAGAUAAUAUUUGAUUAGAUAUUUAUUUAAAAAAAGAUCAAACAGUUACACCUAAAGUAACCUAAAGUGUCUGGAUACACUCAUACUACUUGUAUAUAUGAUCAGUUCUUUGUUGGUUUGGCUCUGCAAAUGAGAUUUUUUAAAUGUAAAAAUAUAGAAUAUUUCCAGCCUUAUUCUUUAGUAUCAUCAAAUCAAAUGUAUAUUUGUGGUGGGGUUAAAAUGUCUAUCCGCACCUACAGAGCUUUGGCCUGUGCUCAGUACUGAAUAUUCUCUAUUUGUUUAUGUUUGUCUUUAAUAUUUAAUCACAAGAUAUAAGGGGAUGGGUGUACCUUUUUAUCUGUCAAUGCGAGGCUCCAAUGAAAGUAUUAAUACUUCAGAGGAGGGCUUUGUUUUCUUGUUUUAUUUUUAAAAAUGAAAUAAACAUAAGAUGCCCUCUCCCCACUAAAAUAAUUUUUGUACAGUCCCUUAAGUCAAGCGCUUUCAGUUCACUUCUCUUUAACAAUCUAUCGAAGCCUGAUUUGAUUUCUUUGUAUGGUUAACUUUUUCUCACAUCUGUUUCUGUCGAGGUCCGUACUAAAAAAAAAAAAAAGACUGUGUCCUUUUAAAUCUUUUUUGGUAAAGUCUUGUGAUGUGCACUAUAAGAUAAAACAAAACUGUUCUUACAAAUACUUUGGUAGAUAUAAAUUGAUUUUGCAGCCAUAUUUUGUGAAUGAAGCUAACAGCUGAUGUUCUCUUGUGGCUCCUUUGUGUAUCUGUGCAGAGUGCAAUGACAGAGGGUCAUUGUGUGAGUUUGCAAUAUUUUUCUUUUUUUUUCUCCACACAUAAAGCACAAGUCAGUGCAUGUGUGAAUGAACAUAAUGUGAUGUUAUUUUUUCCUCAUUGCCAUGCAUACUGAUGUUUGUAUAUAAAUAAAAGACAUUCCACCCA